GAGCAACUAAAGGGAUUAUUGUGCGUCAGUUAGAGAGGAAAGCCACUGCUUGACUGUUCUCAAAAUAAGUCCGGUGUUUCACCGCAAGUGUUUCUCUGUACAAACAGACAGCAUCAUGUUUUCUUCUCGACAAGACUGGGAAUGUACGUGGAUGCUAGCUGAUGCUGUGACAGAACAAUGGACAGCAGUCUUUAGGAAUUAAUGGAAGAUGGGGAAUUUUUAACUCUGGAGCCACUUUUUGCAAGCAUUGAUUUAAAGGAUAUUUAAAGUGCAAGUGUAGUGUCCUCACAUCAUGACAUCUGGGCACUGAAAUGUACUUCAGAGAAUAUUUUGGACCCGACUGUGUGAGUACCAAAGAACAUAAACUGUAGGUCAUCGUAGAAAUGUCCUGGUAUCCUGCUGUAAUCCUAACAAGUGAGUGGGGGGAGGGAAGGAUUAAAUGGUUUUAAUAACAGAGAAAGAAGGUGAAGCUGGAAAACUUCAGGAGAAUGGAGUUGCCAGACUGGGCAAAAUUGCUAUGGACACACCUGUCAUGUCCUUUAAUGAGGUCGACAAGGACACCGAAGAUAUUGAGGAAUCGGAACAACAUGAAGAAUCUGAAGCUGAUUACACUCGAAAUUACUGGGAGGAUGAGGAUGAUAUCUACCAGGAGUUUGAGGAACUGGAUUUUGAGGCUCUCUCAGAUAACUUUGACACAAGGAGCAUUGCGUCUGACGAUUCUUUCUACCCGCUUGACACUUCAGUGGGAUCUGACGGUCAACGCGCGUCGUGUCGCGGGAGCCCAGAGCCGAUAUCCUUCUUUAAGGCUUGCUGCAAUAACAACACCAUCAUCGUCAAAAUCAUGAUCAGACAAGGACUGACUGAGGAGGAAGUACACGAGACAGACCGGAACAGAAGAUCUGCACUGAUUAUAGCGUGUUACUAUGGUUAUGUGGACGUGGUCAUCGCCCUAGCCCAGUGUCCUUACAUUGAUGUCAACUGGCAGGAUAAUGAGGGUAACACUGCCCUUAUUACAGCAGCACAAGCAGGUCACGUGGUCAUUUCUCAUUACUUGCUGAACUACUUCCCCGGGAUGGACCUUGAGAGGAGGAACUGUCACGGUUUCACAGCUUUAAUGAAGGCUGCGAUGCAGGGUCGGGCCGACACUUGUAGAGCACUCAUGCUGGCUGGAGGAGACAUGCAAGCCAGAGACAAUGGGCGGAAAAUGACACCACGGGAGUGGGCUCUCUUCACUGGUCGCUAUGAGACGGCUUACCUGAUGUAUCUGGUCAUGAUGAAGCCCUGUGCUGAGCAGUUCUGUGACUCCUUCAGCCUGGAGUGGCCCUUGCUGGAGGAUCUGGUUGCCAAGGCAGAAGAGCCAAAGUCCUGCUGGAAACGUUCUCUUGACCUUCUGUCCUGCUGCCCUUACAGAUUUUACCUUAACAAUAAGGUGAACCCUGUGGAUGAUGGUGUUCUAGAGCACAUGGUCCAGAUCACUACUGGUCUCAGGAGUCCAUUAAUUGCUAUAUCCUGCCGGACAGUGUGUCCAGGAAGCCCACCGUGCGUUGGAAAACGGCGCUACGCAGUGCAGGAAAUUCUCAGGAAGCAAAGGGUGGCCGAGCUAAAGAGCCUUGGCCCGGACAGGUUGAACAAUUACAAGAGAUUUUUCCAGAACUCACGGGUGCUCCUCAUCCCCAAAGCGAGGGAUCGGCGAGCCAGCCUCCAGCCUCAACUGCUCGAUGACAUGGCUGCUGUAUCCAAAGGGGCCAUAAGGCGGGCGAGUCUACUACCACUUCAUUUACUAAGGAGGAGCAGCGUGCGACCGGGCAUUGUGAUACCAAAGGUGAGGCUCUGCAAGGCCCCAGAUCCCAGUUUUAAACCAGAAAAGCUCAGACGGAACAACAACUAUAAUCAUCUUCAAAUUCCAAAAUGGGAUUACAAGAUGAAGAGAAUAGAGAGAAAGAAGGAGGAGAGACUUUUAUUACCGACAAGGCGAAGAUGAGACUGAAGCAAAUCAAGUUAUGAGAUUACAUUCUGCAAGCAGACUAAUGGGGUAGCAUUUCACUCACUUGACUUUUGUGCAAGUAGAGACGGUGAAAUUUCACUGAAAGACAGUAUGGGCCCUGUGGAGCAAUUGAGCAUGGUGUCUGCCUUUGCACAAGUUCUUCUGGAAUAAGCUCCAAAUUAGGCACCAUUCCAAACAGAUUUAUCAGUAUAAAAAAUUGGAUGGAUGAAUGGACUUCCAAGUUCUAUAAACUCAGCUUUCACAGUGGGGGAGAACUUCUUGCAGAAGUGAAUAUUUCUCUUCUGACAUUUCUUUGUUAUUAGUAAAUUUAUUCACUCAAUGUAUUCACAAAACAUUCUCUGCCUCUUUUACUCCAUGAUGAAUCAGUCCAUAAAUAUUAAACAUUUUGAAGUUUCUUCAUUGCUGAAUGAUAUUUACUGUUGUCACAAAACGGGGUAAAGUGUGGGCACAAAAUAAUAAUAAUAACAAUAAUUAUUAUUUCAUUUUUUUCACUGACAGUGGCAGCUGGCAAUAUUUUUUUAAUGCUUCAGUGUCUUGUUUACUUAGUUCAAAAACCCCAUAAAUGCCUGUGAUGACGCUCAUGCCAACGAACUACGAUGAUGUCACAACUUUGAGUCAUCAUUAUGGUGUAACAAAGUG